UCAGAGUAGUUUCACAGUCUGUUAAAAUAGUGUUCAUAAAAUAAUCCAAAUCCAAGUAAAUCCGUCAACUGCAAUCUGCAAUCUGUUUUUGGUCAAAAUAUCCACAGAAGUAAACAUUUGUUGGGGAAGUGUAAACAGCAUUUAAAACUGAUUUUAUUCAACACACGAUUGGCUUAAAAGAGCUGUACCAAGAGCUGUGGUGAAAUAUAAUUAAAAAAAAAACAUUCAUUCUUUCAUUCAUUCAUUUGAUUCAUUCAUUACUUCACUUUUGUGCAAAUUCAAAAGCAGAAGCUGCAGAAGAAAAUUUUGUUUGUUUGGAAAAUUUAAAGGUGUCGAUAGUAUUCGUAUUAAUAGUUAUGUGGCGUUCACCAGCUUUUUUUCAAGAGAUUCUCAACCAACAAGGGUUAGUUGGCAAAUUAUAUGAUGCCAUUGAAAAGGACGAUUUGUCAGACGCAGUUAUUAUUGCAAUGGACAUUCUAAAGAAAACAAAUAAUAUGCCACCUUUGGUAAAAGAGGCAAAAUGUAAACUUAAGUCCAAUUCCCAUCGCCAGCAAGGGAAUAAAGCAUUUAAAAGUAACAAGUUUCAGAAUGCUUUGGAGUGGUACAAUAAGGCCUUGAUGUAUGCGCCUAAAGGUUCCGAAGAGUUGGUGCUGGGUUAUAGCAACAGAUCGGCUCUGUUGAGCAAGUGUAAGAUGUUUCAGGCCUGCCUCAAAGAUGUGAGCACCUGUUUUGAAUUGGGAUAUCCGCCCCAGAUCAGCGAUAAGUUGGCGAAUAGGCGAAGUGAAGCUACAAAAAACGUGUGGAUUGAAAGAAUGGCUAUGGAGAUGAGAUUCUGUGAAUUUUCCGAGGACUAUCUGGAGUUUAGGGAAAGAAGAAAUCCCCAAAUAACAUGUGCUAGCAUUGAUGUGGGUAUCAUUAAAGAGUCUCAUGUGCCCAAAGUUGUGGCUGUUAGAGAUGUGAAAGUUGGUAAACUUAUUGCAAUUGAGAAAGCAUUCACUAGUCAGCUGGACCGUAAAUUGUUAUAUUCAGCAUGCUAUUAUUGCCACAAAAUGAGUUUAAACCUCAUUCCCUGUGAAGGUUGCACCAAAGCCUUGUUUUGUAGCGCAGACUGUAGGCGUACCUGCAUGGAGGAGUACCACUCCUUUGAAUGCCCCAUAAUUGAAAUUUUUGAUGAAAUAUCAUCAAUUCCGGUGAGUAAAUUAGCCGUUAUUACUGCUAUAAAACUGAGGAAGAAAUUCAAAUCUUGGGAAGAGUUUAAUGAGGCCACAAAGACUGUUGGCUUGAAGCGCAUGAAGAAGAGCGAAAUAAAUGAAAUUUUCAACAGUGAGAACAAGUUUUCGUUAUUGAACUUCAAGGAUGAUGCUAUCUUUACGUAUGGGAUGAUCUAUAAUGCAACGUUUGGUUGCGCCAUAGUGGUGCAUUACCUGAAUAUGGCAAAGUCUUUUUUCCCAACGCGUGCGACUGAGAAGGCUGCAGCAGUCUGUGGAUUUAGCCGACUGCUGAUGUAUUAUGCUGUGCACCUAAUACAAACUCAAAUAUCGUCUACGGUAUCUGUGAUGGCGCAUGGGAAGACAGAGUUUUGUGAAGUGGCUAACUUUGGGGUGUUUCCAUUCACCGGGAAGCUGAAAGGAGCCUGCAACCCAAACGUGCUAGUUGUUGGCUUGAACAAAGAAGUAGCGCUGAUCACCAUACAACCUCUUAAACAAGGGACAGAAUUAACCAUUGCAUAUUUAGGUCACUGGUUGGACAACAACAUAGAAAACGGCUCACGACUGCGCAAUAUGUUUACUUUAUACAACACAGUGUGCGCUUGUGCUGUGUGCAACGGUGACUGGAAGUUACUACGCAACAGGGCAAGGCCCACGGAGACCCACCUGCGAGCUUUCAGAAAACUCAACGUGAGCGAGGCCAUAGAAAACUACUGCUCAUCUGACAUAGAACACAUAUACCCUAAAUGUUGCCGAGCACUAGCCUUCCUGCACGACUUGCCGUUCUCAAACCAAUACAUUGAUGUAUACAAGCUGUUCAGGAAAUGCCUCUUAGAUAUUCAAGAUCAGUACUCAUCUAAUAUCAUGUUAGAUGGCACCAAUGAUUAGUGUUAGGUUUCAUUGAAAUGUAAUUUAAAGUAAUUUUUCUAAUAUUAUGCCAUUUUUUAUCAAUCCUAAUGGAAGAACUAUUGUUUUUGUUACAUACAAUAAUACAACCACAGAGUAAACUCGUCAGAAUUGAUUUUGGGAAUGUAUAAUAAUUAUAUUCUAAAAUUUACAAAAUGUAACGUUACAUAAAAAUUAGUCACGACAUGUACAUAAUUAAUUUUAACAUGAUUCUCGUUCUGUGUUAAAUAAAACUAAUACUUAACAGUAUUAUUUUCUGUAUUAAUAGAUUACAAUUUUUUAGCAUUAAGCAUUAAUGGGAAUAUGCAUGUUUCAUUUUUCACAUAAUAAUUUUUUUUUAGCUUUAUAAAGUCUUUAGCACCUAUGUGAAAUUUUUCGUGACGUCACUUAACAGUCACCUAUUUGAUUCUUACACGUGCCAUGUGACGUCAGGUUUAAGUGCUUCUUUUGUAUUUUCAGUCUGAUUUCGAUACUUUCUUUUACUUAGUAUUUUGUGAUAUGUCGGAUUCGUCCGUAAUCUCGUACAGUACCGUAUCAAUAUAAAUAAGUAAAAAUUUUCAAUGGUAUUCAGGGUUAUAAUCUCAUUUAAUAAUAAGUUAAGGUUGAUUUUGAUCUCAAAUUCAAAUAAGUACUUACCCUAUUUUGUGUUUAAAUACUCAAAAGGUCCUUUUUCAUCGGUUCCUGAUAUUUCUAUAGUCAGUAGUUAUGUCAAUAAGCUAAGAGUUUGCUGAUUUAUUGAUUUGUUUUUGUGACUCCUUUUAAUAUUGUGGUUUAUCUGCCAGAUAAGUCGUUUAAAAUCUAUCUGGGACUUUAUAAGCGAGUGAUGAAAAAUGUAAGACAUUUCGCCAAUGGCGCUGUUUAGAUUUUUAAUUAUUAUUACAGAUCGUUGAAAUUUGUUGAUUUUAUGUUGUAAUUUGGCAAAAGUUUUUUUUUGUUUCCUUUUCUACUGUUUAUGGUAUUAAUUUCUUAGUUUAUCACUGUAAACGGUGCAUAACGGUGAUUAAAUAAAAUAAUAAUUUCAGUAUUAAUUAA